UUAUGUCAAUAUUAACGUAUCCGGUGUGUAAAGCGCCCUCUCACUGACAUUUAUUCAAAUCAGAAUUGUCUUGUGGUGCGGUACGGAGGUGAAGUUACUGCCAAGAAUUCUCUGAAUUCUACAUAUCUUAUUUCGAUAAGUGUAUUAAUUUAAGCUACAAGAAUGUCUCCCCCAUACUAUGCUGAUUUGGGAAAGAAGUCCAGUGAUGUCUUCUCAAAGGGCUACCAUUUCGGAGUAUUCAAACUUGACCUGAAGACCAAGAGCGAGUCUGGUGUUGAGUUUAGCAGUGGCAUCACCUCCAACCAAGAGAGCGGAAAGGUAUUCGGCAGCCUUUCAUCCAAAUAUGCUGUAAAAGACUACGGCCUGACUUUCACAGAGAAGUGGAACACCGACAACACUCUUGCCACAGACAUUACUAUCCAGGACAAGAUUGCCGCCGGACUCAAGGUCACACUUGAGGGCACCUUUGCACCACAGACUGGAAGCAAGACUGGUAAACUAAAGACCUCCUUUGCAAAUGACACCGUAGCAGUCAAUACCAACUUGGACCUUGACCUGGCUGGGCCCAUUGUUGAUGUGGCUGCAGUACUGAAGUACCAGGGCUGGCUCGCCGGUGCCAACACCCAGUUUGACACACAGAAGGCAAAGUUCUCCAAGAACAACUUCGCCUUUGGCUACCAGACCAACGACUUCGCUCUGCACACCAAUGUUGACAACGGAAAGGAGUUUGGCGGCUCCAUCUACCAGAAGGUGUCAGACAAGCUGGAGUGCGGUGUGAGCAUGAAGUGGACGUCGGGCUCCUCCGACACGCUGUUCGGAGUGGGCGCCAAGUUUGCGUUGGACUCGGACGCUUCCCUGCACGCCAAGCUCAACAACAAGUCCCUCGUCGGCCUGGGAUACCAACAGAAACUACGUCCAGGAGUAACCUUGACACUGUCCGCCGCCAUCGAUGGGCAGAACUUCAACGCCGGAGGCCACAAAGUGGGCGUCGCCCUAGAACUCGAACCCUAGGCAUUUACACAAGCCGACGGCUUAUAGAUAUGUAGAUAAUACAUAAUACCAUUACCUGUUAUAUUGUGAAAGCGUAUGUAUCACAUUAAAUCAUACUUUCAAGUGUCACUUACUUCAGUAUUUCGUCCGUCUAACGCGACCUAUUCAGUCAUAAAGCACAUUGCAGGGUUAUUUGGAAAACACCUAAGAUUUCAAUUUAGACAUUCUAAAACAAUCAUUCUAAAAUUAUAAUUAGUAGAGCCAGUGUUUUACAAAUAACCUUGUUUAUCAUAUAUAAAUAAACAAAAGGCAGGGCAUCUUGAGUCAUGUAUGACAUCAAAACACCCUUUACCAUGAUUUGUUGCUAAUUUUGUUUAAAUAAUAACCAAUUUAAAAUCUGUAUCAUCUUGUAAAUAACACACCAGGUGUGUAUACUAUUGAUUGAUUGAGAAAUAAAUGAAUAGUCUGUUGAAUCAGUAUAAUA